UUUUACUUUGUCCCUAUGGUAUUCACUCUGUAGCAAUAAGAGCAGGUUGUUGACGUUGAGUCACUUCCUGGUGUUUUAAUUUCCUCUUCCGCUGCCGCUGCUGUAUGGACGCUAUAAUCGAUGAUGAUCCGAAAUAUGAAUGUGCAGUGACAGACAGGCUGCAGUGUGAUGUGUUCCAGGGACUUCACUGGUGUUUCACAGACUGAGACUCAUGGCGACAGCAGACUCAAAGCUGGGUGGAUCCGAGGAGUCCAGUUUGGAGUCAGUGAGGAGGUCGGAGGAGUCUAAGCUGAGCUCCUGGGAGUUGGAGCUGCCCUCCAUCCAGCACUCCCUGAAGUUUGUGUUGGCGCUGAAGGACGAGUUUGUUUGUCCGCUCUGCAGAGGAGUGGUGCUGAACCCCCAGCAGAACUCCUGCGGACACAUCUUCUGCCUUCUCUGCAUCCAACGACUGCUAGAUAUUUCAUCCCCGUCCAGCCCGGUUUGUCCCGUAGACGGAGCUGUGAUCACACCAUCUGAGGUUUUCCAGGACAACUGCUGCAAAAGAGAAAUCUCCAGUUUAGAAGUGUACUGCACCAACUCCCCAGCAUGCACCUCUGUCGUCACAUUACGCCACCUGCAGCAUCACCUGAGGUCCUGUCAGUAUGAGCUGCUGCACUGCAGCAACCCAAGCUGCAGGGAGGUGCUGCAGAGGAGACACCUGCAGGAUCACCUGACACACACCUGUCCCCACCGCCUGGAGCCCUGCACACACUGCCAGCAGCCACAGAGACUCAGCCUCAUCCAGGUUCAUGUGGAGAGCUCCUGUCCUAAGGUGGAGGUGGACUGUCCCUACAGCUGCUCCCUGAAGGUUCCCAGACACAUGCUGACAGAGCACAGAGACUCGUGUCCUGAGCUCCACGUUGACUGCUCCUAUAAGAAGUUCGGCUGCUCGGUGCAGGGUAAGAGAGGCAGGGUGAAGCUGCAUGAAGACGCUGCCGUCAGUCAUCACAUGCUGCUCGUCCUGAGGAGCAACACACACCUGGAGCAACAGGUGGAGGUCCUCCAGGAGACGGCGCUGCUCCGGCAGAACGAGGUGCAGACAGACAGCGUGCUGCUCGCUGGUCUGCAGAAGAAAAUCCGACCGCUGCUGCAACACAACAGCAGCCAGGACCACAUCGUCUCUGCAGUGCAGAGGACACUGAGCAGGCAGGAGGACGUCCUGUCCACGGUGCAGCUGGACGUGCAGCAGAUAUCUCGGGGUCUCGGUUCUGGUCUGCAGGAGCUGGAAGAUCUCAGGAAGUCUCUGGAUGCUGUGAUCCAGAAAGUGUCGGCAGCCGAGGCCCUCAGAGAACACAUGGGCACUUUGGAGGAGAAUCUGAAGCGUCAGUCGGGUCUCCUGGAUAUCCACGCCACUCAGCUCAAAGGCCACAAGCAGCACCUGCAGGAGCUCGAAGCGACAUCACACAACGGCAAACUGAUCUGGAAGAUCGAGGACUUCAGGAACAAGAGGGAAGCCGAGAUCAAAGGUCAACCACCGUGCCUGAGCAGCGUGCCGUUCCACACCGGACCGUGCGGCUACAAGAUGGCCUCCAAGGUCUAUCUGAACGGGGACGGUGACGGAAGAGGGACUCACCUGUCCCUUUAUGUGGUCCUGAUGGCGGGAGACUUUGACGCUCUCCUGCCGUGGCCUUUCAGACAAACCGUGACACUGUCGGUUCUGGAUCAAAGCGGAGCCGGAAACCACCAGAGUCUGAGCUUCAAACCCGACCUGACGUCCAAAAGCUUCCAGCGACCCACCGACGAGUCCGCCGGCAACGUCGCUGUUGGAUUCUCGUGCUUCAUGCCCCUCAACAAGCUGGAGAAGCCUCAAAAUGCUGCGUAUGUCAAAGACGACACGCUGUUUGUUAAAGUGAAGGUGGACAUGGGGGGUUUAGAGCAGCUGUAGUAGGUGUGUAGGUUUAGUUUUUAUAAUCCACUGUGGCGCCAUCUGGUGGUCAGUUAACGAAGGCACUGUAGCGCACUGCUAAACAGACUAAUGUAGUUUUCACUGAUUGGUAUAUUUUUAUACAGAAGGAAAUCAACAAAAAGAAGCAACAUAAAUGUACAUGUGUUAUUUAAAGGAUUAGUUUUGACAUUUUGGGAAAUAUUAUCUUUCUUUCUGACACUUAAGAUUGAUACACCUCUUUUUGCCAACAUUGUAAACUUUUCCAUUAAGUUUGAGGACCAUUUCAGGGAUAGUGUAGCGGUCCAGCAUUGACAAAAACUGUGGUAAUUAUUUAAUGUCCGUUAAUUCAAGAUCAUUAAUUUAUUGCCUGUGAAAAACUUUUGCUCAGACAAAGUUUUUUAAGUCCAUCAUCCACAUGAUGGAGGUAUUUGGUAUCGAUCAGGACUUACACGUGUUUUUGUUCGGAGAACCAGGAGAAGAUGUAACACACAGACACCAUUUAUUAUCAAUAUUGUGCGUUAUCUGAAAUUAAUUGUUAAGAAAUUCUCUUUUGGGAAAAGAAAACAUUUGUUAUUUAAAGAAGGUGAGAAGUGAAUGUGGCAGCUGAUGUUUCAUGGACGACUGAUUGAAGUGUUCAUUUAUUGCUAAUAUUUUUAAUGCAACAGAACUGGUUGAUUAAACUGAACAAGGUCAAAGUGCCAACUCACCUUAACUUAUUUGAAUAUUUUUGAGGCAGUGUAUGAAAUGACAAUGUGAGGAUGUGUUGUGUACCUCUGGUAGUGAUGAUAGGCUAGUCUCUGGCCUGUGAUUGAAGAGUUUUGAGCAUUUAUCCCUUGGAUUAAAAUAUAAUACGGUACGAUAAUCCUGUCUUCUUGCAUCACACCAUCAAGAAAAGACACAUUUUUCAGACAAGAUACGAGGAAACUGAAGAGACAUGCCCCGCUAACGUAAAUUUGACUUGGGAUUAAAUUCUGUAUUUAUUUGAGGAGUGACUGUUGAACAAAAGAGUGCUUCAGUCUGACUUUAAUAAAGAACAGGUGAAAGUA